UUAAUGCAUAUAUUCCAUAUGAAUCACUUGUAGUUGUAGCUAGUCUUCAGAUCGAGAACCAAGUGAAUAUAUAUAUAAAUAUAUAGGGAGAAGAAAGGAAUUAAGGUAGCUAUAGUCUCUUCACACACAAGUUACAAAGUGAGCAAGCUUUGUAGAAAUGGUGAAGGUGUGGUGCUGCUACUGUUUUCUCUUUGCUCUUUUUCUAACGCUGUUUAUUGGUUCCGUCAACGGUGGCAAUGUCACCUAUGAUGGACGAUCCUUAAUCAUUGAUGGCCAACAUAAGAUCCUCUUCUCCGGUUCAAUUCAUUAUCCUCGUAGCACUCCUCAGAUGUGGCCUAAUUUAAUUGCGAAAGCUAAGGAAGGUGGAUUAGAUGUCAUACAAACUUAUGUGUUUUGGAACCUUCACGAACCUCAACAAGGCCAGUAUGACUUCAGAGGAAGGCAUAAUAUAGUAAGAUUCAUUCAGGAAAUUCAAGCACAAGGUUUAUAUGUAACCCUCCGAAUUGGACCAUACAUUGAGAGUGAAUGCUCAUAUGGGGGUCUACCAAUAUGGUUACAUGAUAUUCCGGGUAUUGUAUUCAGAUCUGAUAAUGAGCAAUUCAAGUUUCACAUGCAAAGGUUCACUACAAAAAUUGUCAACAUGAUGAAAUCAGCCAAUCUUUAUGCUUCACAAGGAGGACCUAUCAUACUAUCGCAGAUCGAGAACGAAUAUGGGAAUGUUCAAGGGGCAUUUCAUGAGAAAGGAUUGUCCUAUAUUCGUUGGGCUGCUCAAAUGGCUGUGGGGCUCCAAACUGGUGUGCCUUGGGUAAUGUGCAAGCAAGAUGAUGCACCUGAUCCGGUGAUCAACACGUGCAAUGGUAUGCAGUGUGGGACAACUUUUAAGGGGCCUAACUCACCUAACAAGCCUUCACUAUGGACAGAGAAUUGGACUAGUUUUUACCAAGUCUUUGGUGGAGUGCCAUACAAAAGAUCAGCUCAAGACAUUGCAUAUAAUGUUGCCUUAUUCAUUGCAAAGAAAGGAAGCUACGUCAAUUACUACAUGUACCAUGGUGGAACCAACUUCGAUAGGAUAGCCUCUUCUUUUGUAACGACAGCUUAUUAUGACGAAGCUCCACUGGAUGAAUAUGGUUUGGUUAAGCAACCAAAAUGGGGCCAUCUUAAGGAGCUACAUGCGACAAUCAAGUCAUGUUCAAAAUCUCUACUUGAUGGAACUCCAACUAGGUUCAGCUUGGGCUCACAACAAAAUGCUUAUGUUUUCAAAAGGAGCUCAAUAGAAUGUAUUGCCUUCCUAGAAAAUAGUGGAGAUCGGAGUGUCACAAUACAAUUUCAAAAUAUUCCAUAUCAAUUACCCCGCAAAUCAAUAAGUAUUCUACCAGACUGCAAGAAUGUAGCCUUCAACACUGCCAAGGUAGUCACACAAAACAAUGCUAGAGCGAUGAAAUCAUAUUUACAGUUCAAUUUAGUUGAAAAGUGGAAAGUGUACAAAGAAGUCAUCCCCAACUUUGACGAUACUUCAAUAAGAGCAAAAACACUACUAGAUCAAAUCAGCACAACAAAAGAUUCAUCUGACUAUAUGUGGUACACAUUCAGGUUUAAUGAUAACUCUCCGAAUGCUCAACCCAUUCUUACUGCAUAUAGCUAUGGGCAUGUUUUGCAUGCCUUCAUCAAUGGAAAUUUAGUAGGUUCUGCACAUGGAAGUCACAAAAAUGUAUCCUUUGUCAUGGAGAACAAACUCAAUCUUAUAAAUGGGAUGAACAAUUUUUCUUUCCUCAGUGCAACAGUCGGAUUGCCGAACUCGGGAGCAUAUCUAGAGCGCAGAGUUGCUGGUUUGUAUAGAGUGAAUGUUCAAGGCAGAGAUUUCACUAAUCAAGCAUGGGGAUAUCAGGUUGGGUUGUUAGGAGAAAAAUUGCAAAUCUAUACAGCUAGUGGAUCAAGUAAAGUUCAAUGGGAAAGUUUCCAAAGCUCAACUAAGCCACUCACAUGGUAUAAGACCACAUUUGAUGCACCAGUGGGCAAUGAUCCUGUAGUGCUCAAUCUUGGUUCUAUGGGAAAGGGAUAUACCUGGGUUAAUGGCCAAGGUAUUGGCCGAUAUUGGGUAUCUUUCCACACACCACAGGGAACUCCUUCACAGAAAUGGUAUCACAUACCCCGAUCCCUCCUAAGACCUACUGGGAAUCUACUAAUUCUACUUGAAGAAGAAACUGGGAAUCCACUUGAGAUCACUCUAGACACAGUUUACAUUACAUCACAAUGAAAAAUCACGCAUCAUGAGUAAACAAAAUUGCUCUAUCUUCUUACAUGGAUGCAGAGAGCCUAGAUAUAUGGCCAAAGGAGAGAUAUACAUUAGCAUGGCAUAAAUCCAUCACCACUGGGUACAUAUUUAGACAUCUCAAAAAUAUAAAAAGAAGGGGGUUACAGAAAAACAAAUUGUCAUUAAUUGUGAGGAAUUUUCAAUAUUUUCAUUGAUUCUCCUCGUUAACAAGAAUCCAUUUUCUUGCUAGGUGAUACUUAUCAUCUUUGAACUGCCAAUACAAAUUACAUAAUAUAAACAAGAACAAUCAAACAAAA